AUGGAAGAUAUCAGCGUACCAUUUUCUGAAGUUCAUUAUCUUACGAUUGAAAAAGUCGGUAAUGUACCAGUAACAAAAGGUAAUUUUCAAUCACUACCUGCUCAUGUUCAAACAUGGCUUGCACAAAUGAUUCAAUUAUGUACACCAAAGGCUGUAUAUAUUUCUGAUGGAUCACAAGAAGAAGCUACAAUAGUGACAAAAAAAUUAGUUGAUUAUGGUCAAUUGUCACCAUUGAAAAAAUAUGAAAAUUGUUAUAUUUGCCGAACAGAUCCUCGAGAUGUUGCUCGUGUUGAGUCAAAAACAUUUAUCGUUACAAAUGAUAAACAUUCAUCGGUACCACAUUCACGAGAAGGUGCCAAAUGUAUUCUUGGUUUAUGGAUGUCACCUCAAGAUAUCAGCAAGGAACUUGAUACUCGAUUUCCAGGAUGUAUGACUGGACGAACACUGAUGGUUAUUCCAUUCAGCAUGGGACCAGUUGGUUCACCAUUAAGCAAAAUCGGUGUACAAGUUACCGAUUCAUAUUACGUAUUACUUUCCAUGAGAGUAAUGACACGUGUUUCACCAGAUAUUUGGAGACAUCUUGCACAUGGAGAAGAAUUCGUUCGGUGUCUUCAUUCUGUUGGUGUUCCUCUUCCAGCUGCACAACCAAUUGUUAACAAUUGGCCAUGUAAUCCAGAAAAGACCAUGAUUGUUCAUUUUCCAGAUCCUCGCAAAGUAAUGAGCUUUGGAUCAGGUUAUGGUGGAAACAGUUUACUUGGCAAGAAAUGUUUCGCUUUACGUAUUGCUGGUCGUAUUGCCAAAGAUGAAGGAUGGUUAGCCGAACAUAUGUUAAUUAUGUCAAUAACAAAUCCAAAAGGUGAAGAAAAAUUCAUCGCUGCUGCUUUUCCAUCUGCUUGUGGAAAAACAAACCUAGCAAUGUUAACACCAACAAUUCCGGGUUAUACCGUUCAAUGUGUUGGUGAUGAUAUUGCAUGGAUGAGAUUUGAUAAAAAAACUGGCGAAUUACGUGCAAUCAACCCUGAAGCUGGCUUUUUUGGUGUAGCACCAGGAACAAAUAUGAAAACAAAUCCAAAUGCAAUUUUAACUUGUUUGAAAAAUUCAAUUUUUACUAAUGUUGGUGAAACAGCUGAUAGUGGAUUCUACUGGGAAGGUCUUGAAGAUGAAACACCAGCUGGUACUGAAGUAACGUCAUGGACCGGCGAAAAAUAUAAAUUAGGAGAAGAUAAAACAAAAAAAUCAAGUCAUCCAAAUGCGCGAUUCUGUUGUCCAGCUCGUCAAUGUCCAAUAAUUCAUAGUAGAUGGGAAGAUCCAGCUGGUGUACCUAUUUCAGCUAUUAUCUUUGGUGGACGAAGACCGGAAGGUGUUCCUCUAGUCAUUGAAUCACUCAAUUGGAAACAUGGCGUUUUUCUUGCUUCACAGCUUAAAUCGGAAUCAACUGCAGCAGCUGAAUUUACUGGCAAACAAAUUAUGCAUGAUCCAUUUGCAAUGCGACCAUUUGUUGGUUAUAACUUUGGACAUUAUAUUCAACAUUGGCUUGAUUUUGAAAAAGAUCCAAACAACAAAUUACCGAAAAUCUUUCAUGUCAAUUGGUUUCGUUUGGAUGAAAAUAAUAAAUUUCUUUGGCCUGGAUUUGGCGAUAAUAUUCGUGUACUUGACUGGAUUAUUCGACGUGUUAAUAAUGAAGAUGUUGCUGAUGUAUCACCUGUUGGUCUCUUACCCAAGAAAGGUUCCAUUAAUCUCGAUGGCCUUGAUAUUAAUUGGGAGAAACUAUUGAGUAUACCAAAAGAUUAUUGGACUGGUGAUAUUGAAGAAACUUUAACAUGGCUUGAUGGUCAAUUAGGUGAUGAUUUACCACAAGAUAUUCGUGCAGAAAUUCAGAAACAAAAAGAUCGCAUAUCUCAACUAAAUUAA